AUGCUCUGGGGCCCUCUCUCAGAAUCCUACGGCCGCAAAGGAACCAUGGCCGCAACAACAUUCGGACCCAUUCUCGGACCCCCGAUAUCAGGCUUCAUCAGCGUGAUAUCCUGGAGCUGGGCCUUUUGGAUCGGGGUCAUACUUGCCGGAGCAACAUGGCCGCUGUUCUACUUCUUCGACGAAACAUACGGACCCACGAUCCUAAAGCGGCGAGCAAAGCGACUACGCAAGGAAACGGGUAAUGAGAAUAUCAUUGCGCCACUUGAACUGGAGAAGACGGAUUUGAAUCACAUUGUCACCGUCAUUCUGACCCGGCCACUACGUAUGAUCUGCUUCGAACCUCUCGUUCUAUUCACAUGUCUAUAUCUAAGCUACGCCUACGCCAUAUUCUACAUAUUCUUGCAAUCCUAUCCCAUAAUCUUCACCGGCAUCUACCAUUUCAACGCCGGUGAAACAGGUCUCGCCUUCCUCCCUAUCGGCGUCGGCGCCCUUAUCUCCGCUGGCAUCUACCUGUCGUGGGACUGGUACUUGGCCCGCGCGCAACGCCUCAAUCGCCCUUGGUCGCGCAACGAAGAGAUGCGGAGGCUGCCUCUCGCUUGCAUCGCCGGCCCGUUUUUCGUUAUCAGUGCGUUCUGGCUGGGCUGGACGAGUAGAGAGAGUAUCCAUUGGAUUGUGCCCACACUCGCGGGUAUACUGUUCGGAAUGGGAUAUCUGUGUCUCUUCAUGGCUUUACUCAACUAUCUUGUCGAUGCAUACGAAGUCUUCGCCGCGAGUGCCAUGGCGGCAGCGAGUUUAUCGCGGUCGUCAUUUGGGGCUGUGUUGCCUUUUGCAGCGAAACCGAUGUAUAGGACUAUGGGCGUGGCUUGGGCGACUAGUCUACUGGGGUUCUUCAGUCUGGCGCUGUGUGUUGUGCCGUUUGUGUUUGUGCGGUGGGGCGGGAGGAUGAGGGAUCGCAGUCAGUUUUGUCAGUAUUUGAGGAGGAAGAAGAGGGAGGAGGAGGAGGAGCAGGAGAAGGAGAGGGAGGGGUUGAGGGAGAAGAGGGUUAUGGUACAGCCUAAUGAGUUGAAGGGGAAGGAGGAUGUGUAA